UGCCGUGGCCACGCCAUGAGCUCAGCGCUGGCCCUGCGCCCGGCCCGGGGCUAUGAAAGGGCCGGAGCCGCCCUGGAGCCCUCAGUACCGCGCUGCUGCCGCCGAGCCGGGCCUGGCCCAGCAGAACCUAACAGAACCCAAACGGGCCGAACGGGGCCGAGGAUCAUGACCCCGGGGCUGCCGCUGCUGCUGCUGGCGCUGGCACUUCGGAGGGCGCAAGGGAAUGCGGGAACAUCCCCCCGGUCCUCCCCCCUGGUGCCCCCCCGGGGGCUCUCCUGUGGGGCAGAGGUGCUGGAGGCAGUGCUGGGACGGCUGCGGGCACUGGAGGGAGAAGUGCGGGCGCUGCAGGGACAGUGCGGGGACAGCCUGGGACCCCAGGCCGGCACCGGGAGCACAGCAGCGCGGAGGCUGUGUGACACCCCUGGGGCGGGGGGCUGCUGUGGAUGCCGCAUGGGGGAGGUCGGGGAUGGUCUCCCGUGUCCCGCACCCCGCUGUCCCUUCGACUGCAGUGACCAGGGACGUUGCCGGGCUGGCCGCUGCCACUGCUUUGAGGGCUUCACGGGACCAUUCUGUGCGACCCCCAUCUGCCCCCCUGGCCGUGGUGGGCCCCACUGCACCCUUGAGAUCCCCUCAGUGACACUGCGCCUGGCUGCGCGCAACCAGACGUCCUUCCGUGUGACCUGGCCGCGGCCAGCCAAGCCUGUGGAUGGCUAUGAGGUGGCAGUCAUCCCCCUGGAUGAACCAGCAGCACUGACCACCCACGAGCUGCCUAGCUCUGCUGUCACCUUUGAGGUGACAGGGCUGACACCUGGACAAGCUUUCGAGAUCUUCAUCCAGGCCCAGCGGGAGCAGCACCUUGGGGCGCCGGGCACCUUGCGUGUCCGCACCUUGCUUGCCCAGUCUCUGCCCACCCAUGGGGGGCCACGGCGGACCCCUACAUUUCUGGCAUCUCCAGUGGCCCCAGCAUCACCAUCAGCCCGAGGGUCUCCAGCAUCCCCACGGUCCCCAGUGUCACCGGCAUCCCCAGGGUCACUGGGGACCUUGCGGUCACCAGCAUCCCUGAGGUCUCCAGUGUCACCAGAGUCCUCAGCAGCACCAACUUCCCUGGAAUCCCCGUGGUCUCCAGAGUCCCCAGUGUCCCCAAGAUCACCUACAUCUCCAUGGUCCCCAGCAUCCCCACAGUCCCCACUAUCCCCGGCAUCCCCCGUGUCCCCAGUGCUCCCAAAUGUCCCAUCUCUGCAUGAGCUGGGGGUCAAACUUUCUUCCUACAAUGGAUCCUUGCUGCAGCGCCUAGAAAGCCACCUCCGGGCCACGGAUUUCCCACUCCGAGGCAACCAGACAGUGCCUGCAGUGGCCCGUGCCAUCCUCUCCUACCUGCUUCGCCGCAGCCCAGCCUUGCUGCGUCAUCAAUUCCUCCGCCACCUCCAGCAGAACCCCCACCCCAAACCCCAGGUGUUGCCAGGAGCUGCUGGUGAGGCCCUGGUGGAUUUGGAUGGGCUGCGGGGUCAUGCGGAGACCGUAGUGAUCCGCUACCGGCUGCUGGAGGAGCCGGAGGGGAAUGAGGGGGAUGAGGGGGAGUUGAGGGUGCCAGGGGACACCACAGUGGCCCGGGUGCCAGGGCUGGUGCCAGGGGCCACAUACCGGGUGGAGGUGCACGGUGUGGUGCGAGGACGUGUCUCCAAGUCCUACACUUCCCUGGUGACUGCAGGGCUGGGUGACACCAGUGAGCCUCCACCAGAAUGGGAGAACCUGUAUGAGAUGGAGGGGACUGAGCCCCAGGGGGCCAUGGCCAAAGCAGCACCAUCAGAGGAGGAACCACCACAGCGGCCCCAGCUAGGCAUGCUCACAGUCUCCCAUGUGACUCCUAGCUCCAUCCAGCUGGAAUGGAGUGUCCUUGAGGGCUCCUUUGACUCCUUCACGGUGCAGUACAGGGAUGCACAAGGCCAGCCACAGGCGAUUGCUGUGGACGGUGGCUCACGCACAGUGACCGUGCAAGGGCUGUCGCCGUCCCGCCGCUACAAGUUCAACCUGUACGGGGUGUGGGGGCGGAAGCGCAUUGGUUUCAUCUCCACUGAUGCUGUCACAGCAAAACCAAAGGAAGAAUCACCAUCCCCACCACGCCUGGGUGAGCUGACAGCAUCCCACGUCAGCCCCGACUCCGUGCAGCUGGAAUGGAGCGUCCCCACGGGCUCCUUUGACUCCUUCACGGUGCAGUACAAGGAUGCACAAGGCCAGCCGCAGGUGGUGCCCGUGGACGGUGGGUCGCGCUCCGUGACCGUGCCCGGGCUGUCGCCAUCCCGCCGCUACAAGUUCAACCUGUACGGGGUGUGGGGGCGGAAACGGCUGGGCCCCGUCUCCACUGAUGCCAUCACAGCUGCAGAAGAGGUGGAGGAGCAAGCGCCAUCCCAGCCACGCCUCGGAGAGCUGACAGCAUCCCAUGUCAGCCCCAACUCGGUGCAACUGGAAUGGAGCGUCCCCGAGGGCACCUUUGACUCCUUCACAGUGCAGUACAUAGACGUGCAAGGCCAGGCGCAGGAGCUGCACUUGGAGAGUGGGUCCCGCACGGUGACCGUGUCUGGUCUGCUGCCGUCCCACCCCUACAAGUUCAACCUGUAUGGGCUGUGGGGGCAGACACGUCUGGGCCCCAUCUCCACUGACACCGUCACCGCUGCCGCGCCAGUAGAGGAGGAACCACCUUCCCCACCACGCCUGGGUGAGCUGACGGCAUCCCACGUCAGCCCCGACUCCGUGCAGCUGGAAUGGAGCGUCCCCGCGGGCUCCUUUGACUCCUUCACGGUGCAGUACAAGGAUGCACAAGGCCAGCCGCAGGUGGUGCCCGUGGACGGUGGGUCGCGCUCCGUGACCGUGCCCGGGCUGUCGCCGUCCCGCCGCUACAAGUUCAACCUGUACGGGGUGUGGGGGCGGAAACGGCUGGGCCCCAUCUCCACUGAUGCCGUCACAGCUCCAGUAGAGAAGGAACCACCUUCCCCACCACGCCUGGGUGAGCUGACGGCAUCCCACGUCAGCCCCGACUCGGUGCAGCUGGAAUGGAGUGUCCCCGCGGGCUCCUUUGACUCCUUCACGGUGCAGUACAAGGAUGCACAAGGCCAGCCGCAGGUGGUGCCCGUGGACGGUGGGUCGCGCUCCGUGACCGUGCCCGGGCUGUCGCCGUCGCCGCUACAGUUCAACCUGUACGGGGUGUGGGGGCAACGGCUGGGCCCCGUCUCCACUGAUGCCGUCACAGCUGCCACGCCAGUAGAGGAGGAACCACCUUCCCCGCCACGCCUGGGUGAGCUGACAGCAUCCCACGUCAGCCCCGACUCCGUGCAGCUGGAAUGGAGCGUCCCCGCGGGCUCCUUUGACUCCUUCACGGUGCAGUACAAGGAUGCACAAGGCCAGCCGCAGGUGGUGCCCGUGGACGGUGGGUCGCGCUCUGUGACCGUGCCCGGGCUGUCGCCGUCCCGCCGCUACAAGUUCAACCUGUACGGGGUGUGGGGGCGGAAACGGCUGGGCCCCGUCUCCACUGAUGCUGUCACAGCUCCAGUAGAGAAGGAACCACCUUCCCCGCCACUCCUGGGUGAGCUGACAGCAUCCCACGUCAGCCCCGACUCCGUGCAGCUGGAAUGGAGCGUCCCCGCGGGCUCCUUUGACUCCUUCACGGUGCAGUACAAGGAUGCACAAGGCCAGCCGCAGGUGGUGCCCGUGGACGGUGGGUUGCGCUCCGUGACCGUGCCCGGGCUGUCGCCGUCCCGCCGCUACAAGUUCAACCUGUACGGGGUGUGGGGGCGGAAACGGCUGGGCCCCGUCUCCACUGAUGCCAUCACAGCUGCAGAAGAGGUGGAGGAGCAAGCGCCAUCCCAGCCACGCCUCGGAGAGCUGACAGCAUCCCAUGUCAGCCCCAACUCGGUGCAACUGGAAUGGAGCGUCCCCGAGGGCACCUUUGACUCCUUCACAGUGCAGUACAUAGACGUGCAAGGCCAGGCGCAGGAGCUGCACUUGGAGAGUGGGUCCCGCACGGUGACCGUGUCUGGUCUGCUGCCGUCCCACCCCUACAAGUUCAACCUGUAUGGGCUGUGGGGGCAGACACGUCUGGGCCCCAUCUCCACUGACACCGUCACCGGUGAGGCUCCAGUAGAGGAGGAACCACCUUCCCCACCACGCCUGGGUGAGCUGACAGCAUCCCACGUCAGCCCCGACUCCGUGCAGCUGGAAUGGAGCGUCCCCGCGGGCUCCUUUGACUCCUUCACGGUGCAGUACAAGGAUGCACAAGGCCAGCCGCAGGUGGUGCCUGUGGACGGUGGGUCGCGCUCCAUGACCGUGCCCGGGCUGUCGCCAUCCCGCCGCUACAAGUUCAACCUGUACGGGGUGUGGGGGCGGAAACGGCUGGGCCCCGUCUCCACUGAUGCCAUCACAGCUGCCGCGCCAGUGGAGGAGGAACCACCUUCCCCGCCACGCCUGGGUGAGCUGACGGCAUCCCACGUCAGCCCCGACUCCGUGCAGCUGGAAUGGAGCGUCCCCGCGGGCUCCUUUGACUCCUUCACGGUGCAGUACAAGGAUGCACAAGGCCAGCCGCAGGUGGUGCCCGUGGACGGUGGGUCGCGCUCCGUGACCGUGCCCGGGCUGUCGCCGUCCCGCCGCUACAAGUUCAACCUGUACGGGGUGUGGGGGCGGAAACGGCUGGGCCCCGUCUCCACUGAUGCCGUCACAGGUGAGGAUGCUGUGUGCUCCAUCCAUGUCCUGAGGCUGACAGUAUCCCACGUCAGCCCCGACUCCGUGCAGCUGGAAUGGAGCGUCCCCGCGGGCUCCUUUGACUCCUUCACGGUGCAGUACAAGGAUGCACAAGGCCAGCCGCAGGUGGUGCCCGUGGACGGUGGGUCGCGCUCCGUGACCGUGCCCGGGCUGUCGCCGUCCCGCCGCUACAAGUUCAACCUGUACGGGGUGUGGGGGCGGAAACGGCUGGGCCCCAUCUCCACUGAUGCUGUCACAGCUCCAGUAGAGGAGGAACCACCUUCCCCACCACGCCUGGGUGAGGUGACGGCAUCCCACGUCAGCCCCGACUCCGUGCAGCUGGAAUGGAGCGUCCCCACGGGCUCCUUUGACUCCUUCACGGUGCAGUACAAGGAUGCACAAGGCCAGCCGCAGGUGGUGCCCGUGGACGGUGGGUCGCGCUCCGUGACCGUGCCCGGGCUGUCGCCAUCCCGCCGCUACAAGUUCAACCUGUACGGGGUGUGGGGGCGGAAACGGCUGGGCCCCGUCUCCACUGAUGCUGUCACAGCUGCAGAAGAGGUGGAGGAGCAAGCGCCAUCCCAGCCACGCCUCGGAGAGCUGACAGCAUCCCAUGUCAGCCCCAACUCGGUGCAACUGGAAUGGAGCGUCCCCGAGGGCACCUUUGACUCCUUCACAGUGCAGUACAUAGACGUGCAAGGCCAGGCGCAGGAGCUGCACUUGGAGAGUGGGUCCCGCACGGUGACCGUGUCUGGUCUGCUGCCGUCCCACCCCUACAAGUUCAACCUGUAUGGGCUGUGGGGGCAGACACGUCUGGGCCCCAUCUCCACUGACACCGUCACCGCUGCCGCGCCAGUGGAGGAGGAACCACCUUCCCCGCCACGCCUGGGUGAGCUGACGGCAUCCCACGUCAGCCCCGACUCCGUGCAGCUGGAAUGGAGCGUCCCCGCGGGCUCCUUUGACUCCUUCACGGUGCAGUACAAGGAUGCACAAGGCCAGCCGCAGGUGGUGCCCGUGGACGGUGGGUCGCGCUCCGUGACCGUGCCCGGGCUGUCACCGUCCCGCCGCUACAAGUUCAACCUGUACGGGGUGUGGGGGCGGAAACGGCUGGGCCCCGUCUCCACUGAUGCCGUCACAGGUGCCCCAGGAACGCUAUGGGUGGGGACGCUGUGGCCCCGCAGUGCUCAGCUGCAUUGGGCACCUCCCCAUGUCCCUCCUGAUGGCUACAACCUCAGCUACGGACCCCUCGGAGGCCCCAUGAAGGUAACCGCAGCUGCCCCUGAGGCAACAUCCAAGGAGCUGUGGGGCCUGGAGCCCACUGGACACUAUAGGGUGCAGCUCCAGGGCCGGGGGCUGGAGCCCCUCGAGACCACCUUCAACACCCCACCCCUUCCCCACCCACACCCCCGGGACUGCGCUGAGGAGCAGCUCAAUGGACCAGGGCCUUCACGAGAAGCCCUCAUCUUCCUCGGGGGCGACCAGCGACGGCCACUGCGCGUCUUCUGCGACAUGGAGAGCGAUGGGGGAGGCUGGCUGGUGUUCCAGCGCCGCAUGGAUGGGGGCACCAACUUCUGGAGGGGGUGGGAGGAGUACGUCCACGGCUUCGGGAACAUCUCCGGGGAGUUCUGGCUGGGGAAUGCGGCGCUGCACACACUGACAGCUUCUGGGCCCACGGAGCUGCGCGUGGAUCUCCGGACGCCGUCAGACAGUGCCUUCGCCCGCUAUCGGGAUUUCGCCGUCGGUGGUCCUGAGGACAGUUUUCGCCUCCAUCUCGGGGCCUACAGUGGCACAGCUGGGGAUGCGCUGUCCUACCAUGCUGGGAGCCCCUUCUCCACACGGGACCACGACCCUCGGGGCCGCCCUCGGCCCUGCGCCGUCGCCUACACCGGAGCCUGGUGGUACCGCAACUGCCACUACGCCAACCUCAACGGGCGCUAUGGGGUGCCCUAUGACCACCAGGGCAUCAACUGGUACCCCUGGAAGGGCUUCGAGUACUCCAUCCCCUUCACAGAGAUGAAGCUGCGGCCGCAGCGUGACUGAGAGCACUAGAAAGGUUGUGGGGCGCAGUGAAGCCUUUAUGGGGUCAAUAAAGCUGCGAGUAACCA